GCCGAGAGUGCACUCGCGGCUCCGGGAAGUGCGGCCGCCUCGCUUGCUCGCUCGCUCGCUCGCUCGGGGCGAUCCUAGAAGGGGCGGCCGCGUCCAGGUGACACAGACGGGACUGUCGCUUGCUCUUUCCGGAUGCAUCAGAGAUAUUUUUGGACUGACCAAGGCCAGGUGGCAUUUGGAGGGCGCUACAUGGCGGAGGGCGAAGGGUACUUUGCCAUGGCGGAGGACGAGCUGGCCGGCGGCCCCUACAUCCCCCUGGGCGGCGGCGGCGGCGACUUCAGCGUCGGCGACUUCGGCGGCGGCGGCGGUGGCAGCGGCAGCCUCGGCGGGCACUGCUUGGACUAUUGCGAAAGCCCCACGGCGCACUGCAACGUGCUGAGCUGGGAGCAAGUGCAGCGGCUGGACGGCAUCCUGAGCGAGACCAUCCCGAUCCACGGGCGCGGCAACUUCCCCACGCUCGAGCUGCAGCCGAGCCUCAUCGUGAAGGUGGUGCGGCGGCGCCUGGCCGAGAAGCGCAUCGGCGUCCGCGACGUGCGCCUCAACGGCUCGGCCGCCAGCCACGUCCUGCACCAGGACAGCGGCCUGGGCUACAAGGACCUGGACCUCAUCUUCUGCGCCGACCUGCGUGGCGAAGAGGAGUUUCAGACUGUGAAGGACGUCGUGCUCGACUGCCUGUUGGACUUCUUGCCCGAAGGGGUGAACAAGGAGAAGAUCACGCCGCUCACGCUCAAGGAAGCUUAUGUGCAGAAAAUGGUGAAAGUGUGCAAUGACUCCGACCGGUGGAGUCUUAUUUCCCUGUCAAACAACAGUGGCAAAAAUGUGGAACUGAAAUUUGUGGAUUCUCUCCGGAGGCAAUUUGAAUUCAGUGUAGAUUCUUUCCAAAUCAAGUUAGACUCCCUUCUCCUCUUUUACGAAUGCUCGGAGAACCCAAUGACUGAAACAUUUCAUCCCACAAUAAUCGGUGAGAGCGUCUAUGGCGAUUUUCACGAAGCCUUUGAUCACCUUUGCAACAAGAUUAUUGCCACCAGGAACCCAGAGGAGAUCAGAGGGGGAGGCCUGCUUAAAUACUGCAACCUCUUAGUGAGGGGCUUUCGGCCUGCCUCUGAUGAGAUCAAGACCCUCCAGAGGUAUAUGUGUUCCAGGUUUUUUAUCGACUUCUCAGACAUUGGAGAGCAGCAGAGAAAACUGGAGUCCUACUUGCAGAACCAUUUCGUGGGAUUGGAAGACCGCAAGUAUGAGUAUCUCAUGACCCUUCACGGAGUGGUGAAUGAAAGUACAGUGUGCCUGAUGGGACAUGAGAGGAGACAGACUUUAAACCUUAUCACCAUGCUGGCCAUCCGGGUGCUAGCUGACCAAAAUGUCAUCCCUAACGUGGCUAAUGUCACUUGCUAUUAUCAGCCGGCCCCUUAUGUCGCAGAUGCUAACUUUAGCAAUUACUACAUUGCACAAGUUCAGCCAGUGUUCACAUGCCAGCAGCAGACGUACUCCACUUGGCUACCCUGCAAUUAAGAAUCAUUUUAGAAUGUUCAAUAGGGAAGCCAUUUCAGAAAAGCUGGGGGGGGGGGGAGAAAAAAAAUGAGUGACCAGCCCUAAUUAGGGACGUGUUUUGUGCAAUGAUGAUCCACUCCUGAGUUUAAGUUUGGCAGACUAUGGAUCUUCCCAUUGGUCUGGGAGCAUGAUCUCAACUGAUGGCCCUCCCAAGCUCCCCAUAUUCUCUUAACCCAAUUGGAGUCUUGUCUUGGAACAAAAGAGGCCUGUUAUUAAAAGCACCUAAGUUCUCUUAAGAUAAUAUGGGAAUGAAAACUGCUUGAUGACAAUAUGGGUUUGCAAUAACUGCUCCCAUUGCUUUGCUGUAGGGGAAGGGGAAUGGAGAGAAAUUUAACCUGGAAUUUUCCAAAAGGAAAAGAUGGAGGAGGAGAGGUGUCAUACCACCUUCCUUACCAGUUCAGGAGUUUAGAGAGUAAAGAUAGGAUUUGGAACAGGGACUCCCCAGUGGAUGGCCAUCUGUGUCUGCAGGAAGUGCUGUCUGUGGAGGGCUCCUGUUGUCUCACAGAAUCAGCUCGCACCAAAUGAACAGUAAUAGGUUGGUGCAGCUCUCUUUAGCAAACAGCAGAACUUACGAUGAUACGACCCAUCAGUUCCAGCUGCAUGCAUAGCUCUGAUUGUUAAAAUGUGAAAAUGCAAGCAGAAGCAGCUGCAGCAACAAAAAUAAGCUCCAGGACCAAAGAUUUAACAUAAAAUUCCCAAGUAGGAGAGAAAUAAUAGCAUAUAUAAAGAGUUACUAUAUUUGUUACACACCAGUAUACAUCAAAGUGCCUGUUGUUUUCUGAAAAUUUGAAGUUGAAAAAUUAUUUUAUGAUUUAAUGAGCUUUAUUUUAUCAGGGACUUAAAAAGAAGAUAAAACCACAUAUAAGCUUGUGAAAGGUGGAGAAAAUGCCCUAUUUUCUUGGAAAAUACCUGUAAAAAUGAUAUUGUUGGUGUAAUGUUAUCAUAGGUACAUGUGUGUAUAUUAUGUGUGUAUAUUACAUAUAUUUGUAUAUACACACUACCUUCACUAUGACCUAAAAUAGUUAUCAAAUAGGAAAUAUUUAAAUGUGUGUUUCUGUUUUCAGUAGGGUCACAUGACACAUGGGCAUACUGCAAUGAUGAAUUAAAAUCCUUAUCUAAAAUAUUAAAGCAAAUGAAGGAGGGGAAACUAGUAAUAUAUUAGAGAAGAGAUUAUACAUUUUUAUUGAGAAUUUUUUUUUCUUUUUCUGUGAGCCAGGGUAUUCCACAAAUGGGAGAAGAUUUGGUAGAAUACUUUUUAUGUUGAGCUGCCAUUUUGAAAGUUUGAGCCCCUUUUAAAAAACAAUUGCAUGCCUUCAAGAUGUAUACUUGUGGAUCUAGGGGUUAACGGUAGGUUACUUAAAUCCAUAAUGUCUUAAAAGAAUUUCUGGUGAUCUGAGCACUACUUAUUAAUAUUUAAAUGAAUUUACAAAUGGAUGCAUUCUGCAUUUCUGGACCACUAGAAUUUAAUAAAUGUGAAAUGACCAUUUUUAAAGAGCAUUUGCACAACUGCAUAAAGUUUAUAUAUGAGAUAUAUAUAUAUAACAUUUUAUAAAUUCAAGCCAAUAUGAAACAUGUCUCAUCUGGUUGUCACUGCAUUUAACUAGUUAGUACUGUACUUUUAAAUUAAUUCACUUUGCAUUAAGUCAAACACAACUUUAUUUUUCUUUUCCAAGACACCAACUAAACCUUUGUGAUAUGAACUGGCAUGAUUCAGUUUGGUGACAGCUAGCCCUAGAACCCCCACCCCCACGAGCCCCAUAAACACCGGUCUCUGAAAAUACACUUGUGAGAGCAAAACAAAUGCAUUAAAAACUUUCCCUUCAUGUUGUGAAAAACCAUAUGAUCCCCAUUAACCCUGGUAAAUGACUGCUUGUUAUGAUAGCUCUUCUGAGACCCUAACAAUGAGAGAGGGACCAGGGAAGAAGAUACAUUCUCAUAUUGGCAGUGUGAUCUGUUUGUUAUCUGGGCAUCUCAGAUGCUCAUCCUAGGCUAGGCUGGCCCAGGUUAAUCUGUCUGGACUCCCUUCCGUGCAUCUCUCUGAAGCCUGAACGGGAACCUGAUGGCUUUGCUGCAGUAGCCUCCCUGAGAAUUCCUCCUGAGCUGUCACGGCCCCUGCACUGCCACUCUUUCCCAGGGAACUCUUCCUGCUCCCACGUUGCCCCACUCUCCCUCAUCACUGCCCUGGGUUUAAAACAUUAGUUGCAAAGUCCCAGGAAAACAUUAUUCAACUUGGAGAUUAAUUCUUACACUCACACACCAAAGUCUGGCCUGCUUUGCCUUUUGUGAGUUUUCUUUGAGAAAACUAAGGCUGCUAGGGGGCAGAGGAACGUCUGGUCAUCUGCUUUCUUCUCAUCCUAACUCUUGACAUGAGUGUCCACUGUUUUCAAGAGUCUUGAAGAGCUCUGGCUCUGCCACAGCAGCAACCUGCUGUUCAUUUAUGGCACAGGUUUUUGUUUUGUUUUUUUUUU